UCCAACGACAGUGGCAUCUACGUCAGCCGCAUCAAAGAGGAUGGGGCUGCGGCCCGGGAUGGGCGGCUCCAGGAGGGUGAUAAGAUCCUCUCGGUAAAUGGCCGAGACUUAAAGAACCUGCUACACCAGGAUGCUGUAGACCUCUUUCGUAAUGCGGGAUAUGCUGUGUCCCUGAGAGUACAGCAUAGGUUACCAGUGCAGAAUGGACCUAUAGUACAUCGAGGUGAAGGAGAACCAAGUGGGAUUCCUGUAGCCAUGGUGCUGCUACCAGUGUUUGCCCUCACCAUGGUUGCAGUUUGGGCCUUUGUGAGAUACCGAAAACAGCUUUGAAAUGCUUGCGGUCUUCCAGUGUGUCCAAUGAACUAUUUCUCUCACUCACCUUCCCUGCCAGUCUCCUAUAUCCUUUAUCCUCUACAUAGCCAACACAUGAUUUAAAGUGACUGAUUACCACUCAAAACCUUGCUGUUCAAACUCGCCAAGACUUCAAAUUCUAAUGGGAGAGUAAAGGUAUUAUUUGAAGAAAAGCUUGUGGGGGGGAGGGAGAAGCCUUGCUAAGAACAAAUGAGAAGUUACAUAUUUUACUAGAACUGCCAAUAAAAAUUCAGCUAUCACCCAAAGAGGAAAAGCUCAGUCUUCCUGUCACCAUGGAUGACACCUUUUUCUUAGCUGGCAUGUUUGAAGGCUAGCUGUGCUACAUGGAAGGAGGAGCUGAUCUUUACUUUUUUUCUUUUCCUUUUAAUGCUUUUCCUUGUGAAGUGUUUGUGGCCUUUAAUUUGUAACUCUAUACCUAGAUGCCUAUAUUGGACACAGGCGAAUGAAGUUUUUUUUUUUUAAACUUACUUCAAAAAAUAAAUAUAUACAGUAGUACACAUAUGCAUAUAUGAUAACAUAACACUGAUGCCUUAUAAGAGGUGAGAAAACCAUACUAGUUCCUGGGUUUCUAAUGAACAAUUUUUUGGGACUAGGGGGUCAUCAUAUUCCUUCAUAUAUAAUCAAGACUCAUAUUAACAGUGAGUUCUGGAUUGUAAAGAGAACCUCCUUGCACACUUGUCUGUAAGUCAUUGUCCACAAAUUACAAACAUACACAGUGCUAAGGGAUGACUGUCAAUGAAGCACGUCAGGAGCUCUUUGCAGAGCGUGUAUAGUGGAGAUGGGAAAAUGAUCUUUAAAAGAGAAAGCUCAAUCAUUAGGGAAAUAAUAACAGAAACAAUGGAUUGGAAACUGUAGAACAAGUGUCACACGGUAGCUAUGGUGAUGUGGUGAAUUGUACUAGAACAGCUCUGCUCAAGUCAAUCUGUUCAAAGACUUGGAGGUAUAAAGACAAGUUCUACCAAUCUCUGAACCAGCCUAGUUGGUAUUUAGCAGUGCUGUUAAAGGGUCAAGUGGGAUAGAUGUGGGCAGUAGUAGGGCCCAAUGAACCAGAAGGGCCAAAAGUUGUCUUGAUAGACGACUGAAAAAAAGAUCAUGCCUCAAGGUGGCACUUGAACCCUCAAGGCUGCUUCACAGUUUUCAGUUUCUAGUAUCAGGCAAAACCUUAGGAACUGCCUUUCUGGUAGAAUAGACCUAAAACCAGCCUGCUUCUGAUUAAGAUAAGAAGGCCUGAAUUGAUGUGGUUUUUGGUUUUGUUUACCCACCCCCUACCCCCCGCCCCAAAAAAAACCAAAAACCUCUAAACACUAGCUUUGAUUUUAAUAACUUAAUGGACCAUUUUUCAGAGAAGGGGAAAGAAUAAGGUUUGUUUGUUUGAUAGAGGGGUCAAGGAAAUUUGUUGAUUGUUUCCAAGGAAAGCCUGAGACUAGAGUGUGGAUGACUAGAUGCCAGGGAACAGCAGGGAUAUUGGUGAGGUGGGAGCCAUCCUGUUCAUGUAGUGUCUGAGUUGGUUUUAGAGUGCCGAGGAUAGUUGAACCAAGCCUAGUUUUUUUUAACAAAAUAAUUUUUAUCUUCUAAAUAUAUUGGCCAGACUGUUAUUUUGACAGAAGAUUAUGAGUUUUCCUGACAAUCUAGCAAUUACUUAACAAGUGUUGGUUGCACAUUAGUUUUGUCAAGACACCUGUACAAAGAAGGGAAAUAAAUGCACAGACUUCAUCUGAAAGGACAUUGUGAUUACAGUUAGGAAGAGAACAGUUAAAAUGGAAUUAGCCAUGUAAGUGUAAGUUGUUUAUGUUGUAGACAACAAUAGAAAAUAGCUCCUGCGAAUUGAGCGUUCCAUAGAGGAAGGGACAGGUUAAAGAUCUUUAGGUGCUAAUCAUCUAGUAGGAGCAUUCAUAAAUAGGUGAAAAAAGUCUAUCAGGUCGAAUAAUAAAUGAAACCAGUAUGGAAAGAAAUGUUACCAUGCAAGAUAGAGCACAGUGUGGUUGACACUGUUGACAGAUGAUCAACAGCUAUUUUAAGGAAUUCAGAAAAGGAAAACUGUUGUGUGGUGGCAUCAGAGUAGAAUGGAAAGUCUUAAAAAGUCUGAUGAGACUUUGCCUCUGGGUAAACUGUUGAUACAGGGAGAGAUUUGCUUUUAACAGUCUUCACAUAACUAAGCCAUUCAGUACUUUUUGAAAUUGAUUUAGUAAUAGGAGUUAUUCUAAGUCCCACAGAAAAUGCAAAAACAUAUUGUAGUUCUUGCUGCAACCAGCACCACUGUGGAGGUCCAGUGUCUGUACCCUCCUUGUGUUCGAUGGCAUCUAAAGCGGCUUCUGCCAUGGGCCUAUUUACCUCUAGUAUUCACUUCAGGGCUUGGAAUUUAUUGUUGAAAGACGGUCACACUUACAAAUUGAAACAAAUGGCAAGGAGGAUAGAAAGCUGUUGUGUUGAUAUAUGUAAAUACAAAACAUCUUUGGUGGGAAUUUUACUUCGGUUGAUAGGAAUUCUGAUACACUUGGGUCUCUUUGGGAAAUAAACAGCACUUGACCAAAACAUUUAAGAUUUAGGCAAAUACUUUAGUAUUUCACUUUUGGUUGUAUGUAAACUAAAAUUAGCAUAGAUGGGAUGUUAAGAAUCCAUUAUAGAUUGUAAAAAAUUUAUGUUUAUCAUAGACUGACUCUGAUAUUCCUAUUACCUUAUAGACUAUAUAUGAUGCUUCUACCACAUAAAUUAUAAUGUUUAAAGUUUUGAAUAUUGAUUAUAGGUAUACUUAAAGUAUUUUUCUUGUAUUUAUCAAUGUGUUUUUAUAUGUAAUUCUAAUAGAUAUUAUUUGCUUCAGUCGUUUCUGUUUCUGUUUCCUGCAGUUUUCUGUAUGAAUGAUUUCAUGUAAUUAAUUGGACCAUCUAGUCACAGGCAACAGAUAAAAAUAGUAUUUGUAAUUACAGUCUAUGCCAGGGCUGUACUAAAUUGACUGGUGACACUAUAUAUAACCUUGAGAUCCAAGUAUUGUUAUAAAGAGACUGAGAAUGAGAGAAUAAAUUGUUUUCCAAGAUUGUAUAGGUGGUAAUAUAGAAUCAUGAUUUAAACUCAGGACUUUGGGUGACAGUAUUAGUAAUAUUCCCAUUGCUAACAGUUCUCAAAGCAAGGUCUCUGGACAAAAGCAUCAGUUUUCCCUGCAAAUUUUUGGGCAUCAUCCCAUACUUACGGAGUGAGACAAGCAUGGCAACCAGCAAUUCUGUCCUUUUAGGUAACUGACUAAUGCUGAAGUUUGAGAUUCACCCCUGUCUAGUUAGAAUCACUUGGACAGCUAGCUGGUCAACCCACAUUAAAUAAGGACCUUUGGGACUAGGACUUGGACAAUAAAAUAUGUUUCACGAGGUAUCUAAAAUGUGCAGCCUCUAUUGGAAAUGUUCCAUGGCAUUAAAUUAUCAGAUCACUUGCAGAUGAGGCUCUAGCCAGAAUCAAGAACUUGGCUAAGUUCAGAGCCCAGCUCUCUGAGAGGUAGAGUAAGAAGUGGAACAUUGUUUUCCUCCUGUGUGCUCAGGACAGACUGAUCAACCUCUGGUAACAUGUGUAGCCAUAUAAGAACCAAAUCAUAGGAUUGUGACUCUAAUAGACUCUUGGAUAAAAUUUGUAUUAGAAGUGAGAAAAGUUAGUGGUGUUGUUUUUGUCUCAAAUUUGUUUUGAAUGUCACCACUACAAGAAUACAUACAAAAACUGUAUUUUAAAAUCUCAUUUUACUUCCAUCUUUUCCCAAUGGGCUUUCAAUAAAGACCAGAAGAACUGAUAGACAGCUAAAGAGGAUUGUAGGUAUCAAGAUUUGAAUGGGAGAUCACAUUGAACAAUCUGAUAAGCCCAAUCACGUGUUGUUUUAAUUUCAGUAGUUUAAAAUUAGAUAUAGGCUGUUUGUGGUAUUUUUUAUUGUGCAAAUAAGCAAUUAAAAUGCAUUUAGAGGCCAAGCAUGGUGGUACAUGUCUUCAAUCCCAGCAUUUAGGAGGUAGAGGCAGAGGCAGGCAGAUCCCUGUGAGUGGAGGUCAGCUCUGUGUGUGUGUGUGUGUGUGUGUGUGUGUGUGUGUGUUUCAAUAAAGAUUUUAUUCUACCCACUUUUAGUGGAAAGUAUAUUUGAUAAAGAUUUUUUUCUCCAUCUAGCAGAUAACCAUCAACACCAGUAUAGCAAUAUAAAGAUAAAAUUUAGUCACUAAAUUGAGAUAGCCCAGCAUCUGAGAGUGGGUGACCUUGAUGUUAAUGUAUCUUUCCAACAUCACUGAGAAGUACACAUUUUGAGUUCUUAAGCUCUCUACCUCUCACAGUAGUUUAAGGGUUGGCUGUUAAACCAGGCUAAGCCUUUUUUUGCUAUUCUUUUUAACUGCAAAUCUUUUUUUUGAGAUUAGUUCUCACAGCCUACACUGCAAUUAUGAUUAAGGGGUGUGGGGGAGAGACAGUAUUUUAAAGAAUUCUGCCCAAUGGGAACCAGAUUGUGAACUGCCAUUGACUCUUGUGUUGGUAUCUAUAUAUAGAAUACAAAGCACGUGCCUGUUUACCUGAUGUACUUGAUAUUAUAGAAAUCGACAGAAGAGUGCUCUAUUGGUAUAAGGAAUUUAGCUCCAGUAAACACUAAUACCUGUAACUAUAACUUCCCUCAUUGUUAUAUUCUAUUUUAACAGAGGAGAAAGGGAAGGGAAGAGGACUGAUGUAGGUUUUCAAAUGCUAUUUUGUUAUUAAUCAGCAGAUUGAUUUACCAAAGAGCUGUGUAAAUAUAUUGACUAGUCACAGGAAAAUGGGAUGGUCCUUUUCAUAGUUGGUAGGUUUGCAAAUGAAGACACAGAUUAAAUCCUGUUUUUGUUUUACUUCUGUGUCUCCAAUACUAAUUUGAAUGAAUUUGUUAUUACUGAAUACUUGUAUACCUUCCAGGCCAUUUAGUUCCUGGAAAAUUAUCUUCCUUAAAUGCUGUAUGUUGUUUCCUUUCUGCUCUGAUUCUUAUGUCCCCCUUGCAUCCCUGAAUGUAAACAGCAGCUGUUUCACAGGUUAGAUGCCUAAGAGCUACUUGGUAAACAAGUAGACAUAAAACCACAUUAACUAAGAAGUAUCACCACAAAGCCAGUGUUGAUGCUGAUUUCAACCUCACUGUUUGAUACCAGUGCAUCCAGAUUUGCCCGUUGAACUAUGACAUUCAAUAAAGACCUGUUGAACUUGUUUGAA